AUGCGCUUACUCAACCCGCAAGCAUUGGAGGCGGGCCUCGGCCUCGAUGACCUGCGAAAAGAAAAAUUGUUAGUGGAUCUGUUCCAAAUUGCCAAACGGAAAUGUGCAACAAAAGCUUACCUCGAGAGCCUGUCUGACUUCAAGAACCUUGCGAACAUCACCCAGCCAGUCCUUGCUGAGAAUCUUAGCCCAGCCCUGGAGAGUGUUCAUUUCCCGAGCGGCGGCAUCAACAUCGCCCUGCUGCAACAAGUUCUCGGUGCGCACCAGAACGCUCUCCACGUCAUCACCCUCGGACAAACCAUCCUUCUUGAACAUGACCUUGCUCAGGACGAGGCUAGCGGCAUGACUGGCCACACCGGCAUCCUCGGGCAGCAGGCUAGCCUUGCGGACUUCACUUGCAACUCGGCGGAAACGCUCGAAGAUCUGAGUAGUGGAGGGGAUACCACGCUGCAGCAAGCUCUUUUACGGCCACAAGCUCACGGACAAACGGCCGGGGGUCUCAGCACGCUCGACCACGGUGCGAACGGCAUCCAGGGCGACCUGCAGCUGCUGAGUCUUGAGGUUGGUGUCGAUUACGUCGCUCCAUCCAGCAGUCAGCUUCUCAAGCUCAUUAAUGUCGGCUGUGAGCUCAGUCAACUUGCUCAGACGACCCUCACGCUCGCGUUCGACCAAGCUCUGGACCUGGUGAACAUACUUGCGGUUCAGCUCGAUGGCCUGCUCAACAAGCUCAUUCUGAAGACGCUGCUCAGCAAGCUCCUGAGCAUGGCGAAGUUCGGUGUGAACCUUCUGCUGCUUAUUAAGCUCCUCCUGGGCGGCGUUGCGAGCGUCACCACGAAUAGCAGCGAUCUUCUCGGCAAUCUUCUCCAGCUCGCCCUUGGCCUUGGCAACAGGCGCGGAAUAUUUGCUGGAGUUUUCAUCGGCGCUGAUAACGGUGACGAUAUCGUUGAAGGUCUUAACCAGAUCCUGGACAACGGCGUCAUCGGCAUCCUGCAACUGGAGCAAUUCAAUGGCGCUCGCAGAUACAGCAGGUUGUCUGGGCUCAUCCAAGCUGUGCUUCGAGGCCGUGUCUUCCUUAGCCUUCAUGACCAUGGAGUUCCGAUCCUCGGGCUUGGCGGCCGCGGACUUGGUUUGGCUCUCGUGGGCACUUGCGUUCAUGUGAGCUGCCUUCUUAGAAUCGGCGUCGGUCUUCUCUUCUUCAGUAAGCUUCCAAGACAGACCGCUCUUGCUAGGAAUUGUGACGGGCUUUCCCUCUGCUCGGGGUGCAGUCGGGAGGUUUUGGUGUCUCAAGGCAUUGGGGAAGCGGCGGUAGAAGUCGCGCUCCUCGAAGUAAAGAACGCAUUCUUCACCGUAGGGAAUGUACUCGGUGAAGAAAUCAUGGAAGUUGUCAAACUUCAGGGCCAGGAAGAUGCUGCCACCAUAGGCAAAGCCGGAUGUGAGGAUCAGAUAAAUCAAGAACCGACGGAAACGACCGGAUUUGCGAGGAGCAGGUGCCGGAGGUGA